AUUAUCGUUUUUUUAUUUAAAAAUGGAUGCUUUUAAUGUUCCCAAAAAGGUGAACCGCAAUGUUGUCAAGGCUCUCGGCAUCCUUCAAUCGUCUCGCACCGAUUACAUCUCCAUUGAUGAUAUAACCCAUCAGGUAAAGGUCCAAAUGCGCAACUCCAAACCGGUCGCCAACGUCGACGAAGUCAUCAAAGAGUCUCUGUGCAACCUGACAAACUUGGGCUUACUGACGCGUUUCAAAUCGACGAGUUAUGCGAUUAGCAGUCCUGUUUUCGGUCGUGUGGGAAGGGCUCUGCCCAAUCCCAAUACAAAUGUGCCGGGUAUUCCCGCUACACCACAACGACGCAUUGUGCAGAAUGCUCGCCGCAAGCGCAGCCUCGGAAACUUGAAUCCAUGGAAGCCGGCCACCAAGGUCUUGAGUGAAGACUCCCUAUCUGGAAAUGAGAUGGACAAGGCGCGAAAGAGGAUGCGCAGCAACACCAAGCGCAUUGUGAAGAAGAAACCAGUAAUUACCUUUCCAAAUCAGGGACCAAAACCGCCUGCAAGUGUUCGGAAGGUCAAGCCUGAGAAUGAUUUAGGAAUCCUGUCGGCGAGCGAAUCGACGGAGAAAGCAAUCAGGGAUCCACAACCAUCGUUCGGCUCUAUAGGAUGGACCCACCCCAAUCUCGAUACAAAUAUCCUUGUUAUUCCUGGUACGACAUUGCCAUCUGAAAUUACGAAACCGCGGAUUCCUCAAAACUUGCAAGGAGACGUUUGCGACGAUAGCUGUCAUGCGGUUUCCUCAUUACAUACGUCCUGCGUCAACACGACGGUGAUGGAUAACAUAAUGGAUCUAGAUGAGGAUGAGGAUGUAGUAGAAGUAUCAAUUAAUUGCGCCAGUCCUAUCGGCUUGAAUAUCAGGCCCACUGGGUAUACGUCUGGAGGGGAAUCCGAUGUGGAAAAUGCUUCAAAGAUUGCACUCUGCGGCAGUCCCUUCUUCGUGCAGGUGGAGCGUCAGCUCCCACAUCAGGAUAUAGUCGACAAGAGUCUUACGAUUAAUACGAAUUCAUCCCAUAGUUCAGUUGGCCAAGAAGUUCAAUUAUUAGUUUUUCGAGGAGCACCAAAGGGCAUCAUCUUUACAGAGUAUAGGGCCAUAUCUCAUGAGGAGGUGAAUUCCAUCUCUCGAGAAUCAAAUAAUUUAUUGCCUCAAGGAGCUGCUAUAUCACACGGCUUUAUUAUUCAAAAUGUGCAAAAUUCCAUAUCCGGAGAAAUGCAAUCUGUAUUACCCCAGGAGGAAUCAAUUAAGAUCACUGAGGUGGUAAAUUCAAUCUCUCAAGAAUCAAGUUACUUAUUGCCUCAGGAUGUCCAAUAUUUAAAUUCCCGAAAAGUGCAAUUACCCGAGGAGGAACCAAAUAAGAUCCCCGAGAAAGCGCAAAAUUCAAUUUCUCAAAAACAAAUCCUUAAAUCUCAAGAUGUGCUUAGCUCAGAUGCUGAAGGAUCACCUUCUGCGGCAUCCUUGGAAGUUCAAGGAUCAGUAUCUGAAAAUGCACUGCUUUCAAACUCUUGGCAAGUGAUAGGAUCCAUUUCUCAGGAAAUUCUGACUUCUAUUUCCCAAGAAAACCGUGAUUUAACCUUUCCAAAGGACAACAUUUCUACCGACAAAGAAGUACAAUCGUCUUUAAAUCAAAACCAGCGCUCGAGCGCAUCCAAAUUUGACUUUUAUAAAUGAUUUGAAAAUUCAAAAUAAUUAUCGAGCACCCGCGUGGAAAUCGAGUCAUCGAUAGUUGCCUCGCGUGAUUAUUAUCUGACAUCUGGCUCACGACUUUGUAAUUGGAUGUGUGUGGGUGUUUUUUCUUUCAUACUCUCUCAAAUUCCUUUUUCGUACUCUUUUACUCUUGCGCAUGAAGUGUCCAUUGAAUUAUAUAAAAGAACAUUGUAAAUUUUUAUUUCAAAA